CUGUUUAAAUUGGGAUUUUUUUUCUUCUAUUCUCUCCAAUAUUAAGAUGUUAGUUGGUGCUUUUAUCUUGACAUUAAAGGUUGAUAUUAUUUCAGCAAUUGAAUUUGAUAAAACCGGGGAUCAUCUUGCUACUGGUGACCGUGGGGGCCGGGUUGUUCUCUUUGAGAGGACAGAUUCAAAGGAUCAUGGUGGAUCAAGGAGGAAUCUAGAGAGGAUGGAUUAUCAAGUCAGUAGGCACCCUGAAUUUCGUUAUAAGACAGAGUUUCAAAGCCAUGAGCCUGAGUUUGACUAUCUCAAGAGCUUGGAAAUAGAGGAAAAAAUCAAUAAAAUCAGAUGGUGUCAAACAGCAAACGCUGCCUUGUUUCUCCUUUCAACCAAUGAUAAGACCAUUAAGUUUUGGAAGGUACAAGAAAAGAAGAUCAAGAAAGUUUCUGAAAUGAAUUUAGACCCCACAAAAGGUGCAGGAAAUGGAAAUAUUGCUAGUUCAAGUAAUUCGACCAUCCCCAGACAUUGUCUUGCAAAUGGAGGGUGCCCAGACAAAUUCUACAACUCUUUGAUCAAUGAUUUCUCAUUCCCUCGAGGAGGCAUACCAUCCCUUCGUUUACCUGUGGUAGUAACAAGUCAGGAGACCGGCUUGGUGGCGAGAUGUCGACGAGUUUAUGCCCAUGCUCAUGAUUAUCAUAUUAAUUCCAUUUCAAAUAACAGUGAUGGCGAAACUUUUAUAUCAGCUGACGAUCUUCGCAUAAAUCUUUGGAACUUGGAAAUUAGCAAUCAGAGUUUCAAUAUUGUUGAUGUGAAGCCUGCAAACAUGGAGGAUCUAACGGAAGUUAUAACAUCAGCGGAGUUCCAUCCUACUCAUUGUAAUAUGUUAGCAUACAGCAGUUCAAAAGGUUCUAUUCGCCUCAUUGAUUUGCGGCAAUCAGCAUUAUGUGACUCUCAUGCCAAAUUGUUUGAGGAGCCAGAGGUACCCAGUACUAGAUCAUUUUUUACAGAAAUUAUUGCAUCAAUCUCAGAUAUCAAAUUUGCAAAGGAUGGAAGACAUAUACUUAGUCGUGAUUAUAUGACUCUGAAGUUGUGGGACAUCAACAUGGAUUCUGGUCCUGUUGCAACCUUCCAGGUUCAUGAGCAUUUGAGACCAAAGUUGUGUGAUUUGUAUGAAAAUGAUUCAAUUUUUGACAAAUUUGAGUGUUGCCUUAGUGGUGAUGCAUCGCGAGUAGCAACAGGAUCUUACAGCAAUCUAUUUCGUGUGUUUGGUUGUACUUCGGGAAGUUAUGAGGCAACAACCUUGGAAGCUAGCAAAAAUCCGAUGAGGAGACAAGUUCAGACUCCCUCAAGACCUUCCAGAUCCCUUGGUAGUAUAACACGUGUUGUAAGGCGAGGAUCAGAAAGCCCUUCAGUGGAUUCCAAUGGAAACUCUUUUGAUUUCACCACAAAAUUGCUGCAUUUAGCAUGGCACCCAACUGAAAACUCAAUUGCCUGCGCUGCCGCAAACAGCUUGUACAUGUACUAUGCAUAAGACAGUCCAAGAAGGGAUUAUAUUUGCUUGGUUAACCUUUUUGGGUUGCUGUUGGAGAAAGCUCCUUUUCUUUUCCCACCACCAGUUGAGUUAAAAGCUACAUCAAUUCUCACACUUGAAGUGCCCCAUAAAUCUGUAGCACAAGCUAUAGCAUCAAGGUCAAAAAAAUUGGCUGUCACACAGAAUCUACGAGCAAGCAACCUGUUUUUUCCGUUUCUGGGUGGGCAGCUUGAUUUCUUCUCUUUUCCCCUUCUCCCUUCCAACCCCCUAAAAUUGCAUUUUUCUCUUGUUGCCCCCUUCUUUUUUGGUAUCUUCUUUUAAAAAUAGAAGAUAAGAUGGUACUGUUUCUCAAAAUUGUGCUGGGUUGAAGUUAGAAGAAAAUGUGAUUGUAGCUAGCUAGCGCGACAACAACAAAACUAAAGGAUAUUGGAUAUUUGCCAUUAGGUUUAAGGUAGUAAAUGUAGUUUUUUUCUUCACUCAAAUCUUGGUGGGAAGGAGCUUUUGAAACUUGCUUUGCAUCAAUUUUUUUAUUGAUUAAUUUUUCAUGUUUGAAAUUUCUUCCUCUAGUUCUAAGAUCAAGUGUAGCCUCUUCUUCUUCUUCUUCUUCUUCUUUUGUUUUCUCCCUUUCUUUUCCAUUUGAUUAUAUUCUCACUAGUUUUCCCAACCAACUGUUAAAUCAAAGGUACUACGGUUU